AUGCCCAACCAAAACAAACCAACCCCACCUCUUGAGGUGAUUGCUCCUCACAUCCUUCGGUACUGGAAAGCGCGUCAAACAGACAGGAAGAUUGUAGAAAACUUGCAGAAUCAUUUUGACACGUCUCGUUAUGGACUAGGAUACACGAAGUUCAGAGAGAUCCGCAAUGACAUGGGUCUCCUGCGUACCCGCCAGCAGAGCCACACCAUCGAAUCUAUCCGUGAAGCCAUGAUCGAGCUUCGCAAGGCAUACCCAAAUGCUGAAAUGAGCGUUUUCAAGCUACCAAAUAGAAAUUUAGUGAUAGCAUACUGUGCCAUCUAUGAAGCAGACCUCGUACAUCAGCGAAAAGCUCGCCGUCUCAAGCGGAGGCGGUUCUGGGCCGCCGGCGUCAACGACCUAUUUGCUGUUGAUCAACAUGAUAAGUGGCUUCGAUUCGGUCUUGCAUUGCACACUGGAGUGGAGCCAUUCUCGGGUCGCAUCAUGUGGAUCCGAGUGUGGCAUUCCAACCGCAACCCCCAGCUCAUUCUCACUUACUAUCUUGAGACCAUCCAGAAACUGGGUCAUAUGCCACUAGUGACUCAGAGUGAUCCCGGCACUGAAAACUAUGGAAUCGCCAAUGCACACACUAUGCUUCGUCAAAUGUAUGAUCCGGCACUGCAAGGUACAUUACAACACCGCUGGAUGCGGACCAAGAAGAAUGUUAAACCGGAGAUCACUUGGUCUCAGUUGCGGCGCCGGUUUACUCCUGGUUUUGAAACACUCUUGGAUGAAGGAGUGGAGAACGGCUGGUAUGAUAGUGAUAACACCCUUCAGGUCAUGAUCUUCCGCUGGAUUUUUAUUCCAUGGCUUCAGUGUGAGCUAGAUAGGUAUCAGGACCGCGUUAAUAACACCCUCAAGAGGCCAGAUCGUAACAAGGUGCUUCCACACGGUGUACCUAAUCUAAUAUACGAGUCUCCAGAAGAUUUCGGGGCCUUGAACUUUAAGGUAACAGUCAAACAAGACGAUAUAGACUAUGUCCGCCGUCUCUAUGUGAACCCUGAUCAUCCGGUCUUCGAUUUGGUUCCCCGAGCCCUCAACAACUUCAUUCAAGGCUGUUAUGAAGGCCUAGGCCGCCCUCCAAUCACUCGUCAGUCUGUAUGGACGGUCUACUUAGAUUUGUAUGAUUCGAUGCAGCGCUCUGUGCAGGUGCCAGCUGUUGUCAGGUCUCUUACAGAUGGCACUGACCCGGAUGAAGAGCCUUUGCCUCUCCUCGAAAACCAAAAUGACCUUUUUUUUCAUGAGGAUACUGAUGGUGCUUACUAUAUGGGUGGCAUUCACGGCGGACAAGGUCUUGAUGCAUCUGAUCAUCACCGGCUGGAUGAACUGGCUGAGUUGGACGAACCAGGUGCACACUUACUGCCUACAGCCCCAAUCAUAGAGGAAGAGGCAUUAGUUAUUGCGGGAUUCUCUGAUGAGGAGGACAACGAUGAAACAUUUGAUUGGUGA